UGCCCCUAGGCCCGGGGCGGGCGGGCAGCGGGGCCGCCGGGAAGGAGCGCUCCCAGCCCCGGCGCCGGUGUGCUCCGGGCCCCGAGGAGCAGGCAGUACCGGAUUAUCAGGAGACAAGCUCCCCAGCGCUCCCCAACAAUGGCAGGGAAGAAAGUUCUGAUAGUCUAUGCACAUCAAGAGCCCAAGUCCUUCAACGGGUCUUUGUUGAAGAUUGCUGUGGAAGAAUUGACCAAGCAGGGCUGCAGUGUCACUGUGUCGGAUUUAUAUGCCAUGCAGUUUGAGCCCAGAGCAACAAGAAAUGACAUUGUUGGUCACCUGCACAACUCAGAAGUGUUCAAUUAUGGUGUGGAGACCUGGGAAGCUUACAAGAGAGGAGGUUUGUCCAAAGACCUGGUUGAAGAGCAGAAGAAGGUGCAGGAAGCAGACCUGCUGAUUUUUCAGUUUCCCUUGUUUUGGUUCAGCAUGCCUGCGAUCCUGAAGGGCUGGAUGGACAGAGUCCUGGUCCAAGGCUUUGCUUACGAUUUGUCAAAGGCUUAUGAUGGUGGUUUGCUCCAGGACAAAUUAUCCCUGUUUUCUUUCACCACGGGAGGAAGCCAAGAGAUUUAUUCAAAAGAAGGUAUCAGUGGUGAUAUUCGCUAUGUCCUGUGGCCCAUGCAGCAUGGAAUCAUGCACUUCUGUGGUGUCAAAGUCCUUGAACCUCACAUCUCUUAUGCUCCAGAGAAUGUCUCUGAGGAGAAGAGGAAGGAGAUGCUGACUGCCUGGACCCAGCGUCUGAAGACUCUUUGGAAGGAAGAACCCAUAGACUGCUCUCCUGAGUGGUAUUUCAAGUAGCGUUCAGAUAUGAGACUACAGAGAGAAGAUUUUUUUCUCCAUUCUUUUGGAUGUUCUAUCUAAAUACCUGAACACUAAUGUCCUAAUUCAAAUACAUUUGAAGAAUUUUGAAUACUGCAGCUAGCAGUUUAACUGACAAUAUAGCAUUUACCUUCACUGAUUCCCAAGGGAUUCCCUUCAAGGAUGGGUGCAAAACUCUCUGUGAAGUUCUCCUUGCUCACAUUGCCAUCCUGCCUGCUUGUGGUUGAUAACACUCGUGGUAUUUCAUGGCAGAUUAUACCAUUGCUGCUUGUCAAACAGCAAAGUACACGGCCAAGUUUAUUUUAACACUUUUUGUACCAGUUGCCACUUUUUUUCCUUUACCAGGGAAUAUGGUGCCCAUACUCAACCUUUAAAAGGCCAAGAUUGAUUGUGAGAGCACUACACUUGUGCCUUGGAGCAACAAAACCACAUAAUGAGUAGUGUUGCAAAAGGAUAUACCCUUACAGAGUGUCUUAAACAACUGGAAACCCUUAUGGGCAGCCUUAGGCUUUUACACAUACUUACAAGGCAAUAGUAAAGCUAUGACAGAUACCAGAAAAGGGAAAAAAUAAAUAUGAAUGUAAUGGUAUGUGCAUGAAUUGCCUUCCUUUGUAGACUACAGCUCCCAUUUGUAAAGUAUGCAGCUUCCCAUAAUCAAAGUAGAGAGAAAAAGGAAUCCUGUUUUUUUCCUGCCCUCUCACACCAGUCAGUGCUGGUGUUUGGGUCUGGAGGGUGUUUGCUUCCUCUCCAGCAUCAGCAUCAAUGGGCUUCCUUGGAGAUCUCCAGCACCAGCAGUUGGUGAGCCAGAGUGCCAACCCGAAAGCCUGCAGGAGCACUGUCUGUCUACGGGUCAGGAUCUAUGCGACAAAUGAAUUGUCUUGCUCUUAAUAGCCAGGAUUUUUACCUGGAACUGUAGCAGGAUUAUUUUUGUGCUUUAGAGUUGUUAACCCUGUUUGUGCAUAUGGCAAGGGGUGGGUUUCUUGCUUAGCUACUGAAUUUCUAGCUUUGACCAGCUCACUCAACAGCUGCCUUUGCACUUGAUAUUAAAAUGUGGCCUCAAUAAGAA